AUGGAAGGCGUAUCCGCCUCUGUAGAUCUCUCUGAGAUCCCUCAACUGAUGCGGCAGGCCGAGCAGGCCAUGAAACCACCUGGUCUUCUGGGGCAGAUUUUUGGCAGAGAAGCAGAUUAUGACACUGCGGUGCAGCUCCUGCAGCAGUGUGCCCAGAAAUACAAGCUAGCUCGCGUCUUCCCAGAAGCGGCUUCGUGCUACAUCAAGGCAGCGGAGGCAGCGAAUAAGGCCAAAGACACUCACACAGAGGCAACCUUAUACGUGGAAGCUGGGAACUGCAUGCGCCGCUACUCUCUGGCCGACUCGGUCCCCGUUUUCUCCAAGGGUAUAUCGGUGCUGCUGGCUAGCGGUCGGCUAGCUGCUGCAGGGAAGAUCCAUCGGCAGCUAGCUGAGGAGUACGAAGCUACCGGAGACAGGCCGGCGGCAGCUAUCCACUACUUGAAGGCGUCAGAAUUGUUCGAGACAGACGAAUUCAGUAAAACACAGUACAGUCACUGCAUUUGCAAGUACGCCGAAUUGUUGGCAUGGGGAGGAGACGACCCUAGUAAGCCCCAGAAUCUUCAGCAGACUGCGCAGACACUGGAGACUGCGGCCAAGAUAUUUGAGACUGAGGGUUAUAAGGUAUCUCAGAACAAUCUCCUUCAGUAUGGUGCAAAGGAUUUGUUUUUAAAGGCCCUACUGCUGCGGCUUUCCAUCCCUCGCUACGACCCUGGAGAUUUCGUCGAUCUUCAGCUUGCCUUGGGGCGGUAUGGGGAGCGCAAUCCGCACUUUGCGACAAGCAGGGAGGCCCAGUUGCUCAAGCAGCUCAUUGCUGCGUCGGAAGAAAGAGACAGUGACGCAUUUGCUGCAGCAGUUGAGGCCUUUGACUCCAUCACGAGGCUAGACCCUUGGAAGGUUCACUUCCUCCUGAAGGCCAAGUCCCUCCUCGGCGGAGACGGAGUGACCGCGCAGGGAGCACCUGUCCAGCUUGGGGAGGACGGGGAGAUAGACCUUUCUUAA